AUGGAUACAAGAAAGUCUACAUUUGGUUAUGUGUAUCUUUUAGCUGGAGGAGCAAUUUCAUGGAAAAGUGUAAAGAAGUUUGUCAUUGUUGCAUCCACCAUUGAACAUGAAUUUGUGGCAUGCUUUGAGGCCACGGUUCAGGCUAAUUUGUUGAGGAACUUUAUCUCAAGACUUGGAGUAGUCGACAAUAUGGUUAGAACACGAGGAAAUUUAGCUAGACGCGGUUCAAAUGAUGCACCAGAGAGUUCUAGACAGGGUGGUACACGGAAGAGACCCACAGCUUCGGCUCGUAGAAGGGGUCAGCAUGAGGCUAAUGUGGUUGAGGAUGAUAUUGUUCAGAAUGAGGUUUCUGACGUUCCUCAGGAGGACGAGCACGGCAUUGAUAACGAUGGUGGAGGAUUUCCUGGGGGUCCAUAUGAUACAUCUUUAUUGACCCGAUACCAGGAUCAUGUUGCACGCAUGAUAUGGGAUGGUCAGGAUCGAGUUGUGAAAGUGGUCUCUCAUAUUAAAAAGGUGAAGAAAUUAGGACGUCCUCAUCCUUCUGUUGCACCUUUUGUGUUAGCUUCUGGAUUAUCGCCUCUGUGCGAUAUUUUAUAUGAAUAUAUCGAUCUUGGGUUAGUAUUGGGUUUCGUGGAGAGAUGGCAUCCCGAGACUAAUACUUCUCAUCUACCCAUUGGGGAGAUGACCAUCACUUUGGAUGACGUAUGGUCACUUCUCCAUCUUUCCAUCAGUGGAAACUUUUGCUCCACUGAAAAUCUUGAAUAUGAAGAGUCUGUUGAGAUUUUGACGAUACUUCUUGGUGUUGACCGGGCCAUGGCUUGUGCGGAGCUUAAUCAAAGUCGGGGUGCACAGGUCCGACUUAGCUGGUUGAGAGAGUUGUAUGACAGCUGUUGUGAAAACGAGCUAUGGGAGUUUGCUGCACGUGCAUAUCUUUUGCACCUUGUAGGGUGCACGAUAUUUGCUAACAAAAGCGCGACCUAUGUUCGUACACAUUAUCUCGAGCUAUUUAGAGAUCUCUCCAGAUGUCGUACAUAUGGUUGGGGAGUUGCUGCUCUUGUCCACUUAUAUGAGCAGCUAGGAGAUGCCAGCUUUGCAAAUACAAAGCAAUUAGCUGGAUAUCUACCUCUUUUGCAGGCUUGGAUAUACGAACACUUCCCUACAUUGGGAAGGAAGCAAGUACGGGAUACAUAUGUGGAGACCGAACCCCGUGCUCUACGUUAUGUCACUGGACGCGCCAUUUCCGCUAUAGCUGAUGUUAGAGUCCAGUUGGAUGGCUUGACAUAUGAUGGGAUGAUUUGGAACCCAUAUGUAGCACAUAGAGCUGCUCGACAAACGAGUGAAUGCAACACGUAUCAAAACUAA